GACUUUGCUGCGCUUUCGUUCGGACGACGAGCGCAUUCCUCUGCCUGGGGUCUAACUGCUCCACACAGUAUAUCGAGAACCGGGUGAUGUGAGACAAGCAGACGUAUGCUCUCUCCGCGACCGCGUUUCGAAGAGAAUCACGGAAAGUUUUGAGAGUGUGCACUGUGAGCGUAGAAGGAUUUUCAGCACUCCUCGCUCCCUGAGCCUCUCGCCGUGGAUAAAAAGAUCACAACUGCCGAGAGUAGCCUACAGUGUGUACGUCAACACAGUAUCAUAACGCCUGUUCAUCGCUCAAACCGGAACGCAGACACGUCACCCAAGCUGCCACCACCACCGCUACCACCCCACCUCCGCCAACCCCGGCCUCCUCCUCCUCCUCCUCAAUCCCUGGUCUUCACGAAACCCUAAACCAAGACCGACUCAGGAGACAAGAUCUGUUCGGGUGACGGCGGCGUCAUGAAGCCCCUCCUCCCUCUCCUGCUGCCCCUCCUCCUCCUCCCUGAUUGGACGCUCGCCAGCGACUGCCCAAAGGACUGCAUGUGCAGCUCCCCCAACGCCAUCUUCUGCUACCAGCGUCGCUCCCCGUCCGUGCCCAGAGGCCUGCCUGCCUCCACCACCAACCUCUACCUCUUCCAGAACGGCAUCGAGACCCUGGCCGCCGAGGACUUCACCGGGCUGGACAGCCUGGAGAUGCUGGACCUGAGUCAGAACAAGCUGACCGAGCUGCAGGACCGGGUCUUCGAGCCCCUGUCCGAGCUGCGCAACUUGGACCUGUCCAACAACCAGAUCGAGCACGUGUCCCAGGCCAGCUUCUCCGGGCUGGUCCUGCUGGAGCGCCUCUAUCUCUAUAGCAACCGCAUUCGGAGCAUCCACCCGGCGGCCUUCGAUGGGCUGAAGCAGCUGCUGGAGCUGAAGCUGCAGGGGAACCAGCUGACGUCGCUGCCCACCCUCCGGCUGCCCAAGCUCCUCCUCCUGGACCUCAGCUACAACGGCAUCCCUCCGCCCGGCCCCUCCGACUUCCACACGCCCAACCUGGAGUCGCUCAAGAUGGCCGGGCUGGGGCUCAGCGACCUGGACCAGGAGCUGAUGGGCGGCCUGGGGAACCUCCACGACCUGGACCUCUCCCAGAACCAGCUGCGGUCCGUGCCGGCGGCGCUGAGGGAAAUGAGGGGUCUGAUCCGGCUCGGGCUGGCCGGGAACCCCGUGGGCCAGCUGCGGCCGGAGGACCUGCGGAACCUGGAGGAGCUGCAGGAGCUGGACAUCAGCAACCUCAACCUGCAGGGCUUCCCCGAGGGCUUCGUCCGGCUGCUGCCCCGCCUCCAGCAGCUGACGGCGGCCGAGAACCCCUUCAACUGCCUGUGCUCGCUGGCCUGGUUCCCCGGCUGGCUGCGGCAGGCCAACGUGCAGCUGGGCCGCACCAAGGAGACGCGCUGUCACUUCCCGCCGCUCAACGCCGGCAAGGUGCUGGAGAAGCUGGAGCACAGGGACUUCGGCUGUCCCACCACCACCACUGUCACCACCAGCACGGCGGCCAACAGCACCCCUCGCCCCCCACUCAUCACCACAGCGCCCGGCACCACGCCGCCCCCCGUAGCCCCUCCACCUCCCAGCGACGCCCCCCCUGCGGAGACCGACAGUGACCCACCCCCCGCGGCCCCUGUCUCCCCCAGCAGCAGCAGCGCCGACCCCGACACCGAGACCAACUUCUGCCCCGCCAGCAUCUGCCUGAACGGGGGCACCUGCCAGCUGGACCGGCAGGGGGAGGUGGUGUGCACCUGCCCCCGCGGGACCUCCGGCCGCUACUGCCAGAACCAGGACGAGCCCCCGCCGCCGCCACCUCUGCCCCCAGAGGUCUCCACGGCGACGGUCGCCGCGGCGCCCGACAUCAGCUCCCGCCACGUCACCAGCACCUCCAUCCUGCUGGACCUGCACGGCUACAUCCGGACACGGCCGUACCUGCGGGGGAUCCGGCUCACCUACCGGAACCUGUCCGGGCCCGACCGGCGGCCCGUGCACCUGAGCGUCCCCGCCUCGUACCCGGAGUACACCCUGCGGGGGCUGCGCCCCAACUCCACCUAUUCUGUGUGCGCCAGUCCCCUGGGGGAGCCCGCCGAGCGGGACAGCUCGUGCACGGAGGCACGCACGGCCAGCGCUCAGCACACCGCCACCGAGGCGCAGGUAAAGGACCACCGGCUGACCAGCACACUGGCCCCCACGCUGGCCGUCGCCAUCCUGUUGGUGGCGGUGGCCGCCGUGGUGGGCGCAGUCUGCUACAUGCGCAGGAAAAGGGCCAAGGGCCACAUAGACUUGGGCUGCGACGACCCCCUGCCGCUGGAACUGGAGGGGGUCAAGGCCUGCCUGGACAAUGGGGCGCUGCCCCAAAAACAGCCCGAAUCGGGGCUGUCGCCUCCCCCCUCCGCCGUCCACAACAGCCUGGAGUACGAGGUCCCACUCAUGCAGACGCAGUGCACGGCCAACAACAACAUGGCCGCCGUGAAGCCGUCUUACUUCUGACCUCUGCCGCCCUGUCAUAGAGACCUCCCGCCACCAGGAGGAGCUCUGUCCCCCCACAGGUAGAGAGGACAGACGCUGAGACUCUGUGGUGGUGGGGGAGGGACAAAACAGCUGGCUGAGUUAACAGUUGAAAAACAGAGCAAACGCUUAGCUCGUUCAUGUGCAAUCAAAAUUUGCCUGAUGGAGAUUUUUUUUUCUAAAGGAUUUUUAUGAGGGCAACAGCCGAAGUGCCUUGGCUCACAUUUACACACGUUCUACUUACUGUUAUGAUGCAUUUUUUUUUGUUGUUGUUUCUGCAAUCGUAUUGCUGGACCGGCACAAGCACCAGCUCUCCACGGCGACCGGGGAGCACGAGGGACGGAGGCGGGGCAGGUGUAUCAGGCGCACCUGCGCAGCUAAAAAAACGGCACUCCGAACUUCCUGUCCGGGAGAAACUUGCACUGAUGGCUGGGCCUCGGCUGAUUGGCCUCCGGUGAUGGCUGAAAUAUUUAAGUCGCGUAAGAAACAUUUGCUCGGCAGCACUUCUGCGCUGACCCUGAGAAAGCCUUAGUUGCUGUGAAAAAUGCCGAUGUAAGCGAACAAAGCUUUGGACUUAGGCAGAGGGCAACCGAGGCCAGCUCUGGCAGAGCUUUGUUCAGCGCUAGCGCUAUGUGAAGGCUACAUUUUUGUGUUCAUAUAUUUUGUUCUGUAGCAUUUUUUUUAAGACGUGACGGUUACCAGCUCUCUCCUUCCCUUCCCCCCUUCUUUUUUUUUUUUUUAAACCAAAGGCAGACACAACACAAGGCUAAAAUCUUUGAAGAUUAAAAACUUUCUUGUAGCACCAAGUCAAUCAAAGACUUUACUCUUCAAGUGUUAGACUGUCUGAGUAGCAGUAAGACUGUGCAGACUUGAAACAAUCUCCGCCUCCAACACACACACACACACACACACACACACACACACUCUCUCACACACACACACAC